UCAGACUGCCAAGCACACAAUGACAGAGAACGUCUGAUAGAGCAACAUGUCUCACUCUGGAUAUUUUAUAUGGAUUUUUCUGUCCACAUGGGGAGUAAUUGCAGGCGAUGUGAGGACUUUACCUCAUGUGGUAAAAUACCAAACAGUGAUACCUCAGAAGUUAAAGGAUUCAUCUCUUGUUAAUGAUGCUGCUACACAUGAGAAAUACCCUGAUGUACUCCAGUACUCUGUGAAGAUUGCAGGGAAACACUACACUCUGCACUUAGAAAAGAACAAACAUCUUGUUGGGAAAAACUUUUCUGUGACACACUAUUCUGAUCAAGGCACCCCAGUCACAGCGACUCCAGAUCUUGGGGUUCACUGCUACUACCAUGGACACAUUGUGGGAGUAGAGGACUCCUCUGCCAGCGUUGGACUGUGCUCAGGAAUAAGGGGGUUUAUAAGUCUCCAGGAUCAGAUGUAUCUUAUUGAACCUCUGGCCGAGGCCGAGGCGGGACAGGAGGAUGAAAGACAGAACUCUGAUGCUCACAGCAAUGAGGGUCUUCAUGCCGUUUACAACUACAAACACCUGAGGAGGAAGAGGAGCUCCUGUUCCCAUGGAAACAAAACCACUUUCUAUGAUCACGGAGCUCGUCCGUCUGGACUGUUCCAGCUCGGCAGUCUGAAAAGCCGAGCCCAGACCAAAGACCGAACAGGAAAACCCAGGACAGUGGAACUGGUCGUGGUGGUCGACAACACAGAGUACAAGAAAUUUGGAAGACAGAAGACAAUCGAGGCCAGGGCUCUUGAAAUAGCAAACCACGUGGACAAGCUGUAUCGUCCUGUGGGUGUUCGUGUGAUGCUGGUCGGUCUGGACAUCUGGUCAUACAAAGAUCAGAUAGAGGUCAGCACAAACCCUGAGAUCACCCUCGGUCGCUUCCUCGAGUGGCGUCAACGAAAUCUGCUGCCGAGGACCAAACACGACAAUGCACAGUUCAUAACAGGUGUGGAUUUUGAUGGCUCCACUGUCGGCUUGGCAAACACCAAUGCAAUGUGCACCUCUAACUCUGGAGCUGUCAAUGAGGACCAUAACACGAAUGCGAUAGGAGUGGCCUCCACUAUUGCACAUGAGAUGGGCCACAACCUGGGUUUGUCUCAUGAUACUGAAAACUGUGUCUGUGGCUCCUUCACGUCAAAAAGAGGCUGCAUCAUGGCUGAGAGUGUUGGCAUUGUGUAUCCGGAGCUUUUCAGUAGCUGCAGUCAGCAGCAGCUGAACAGGUUCUUGGAGGAGAUCAACCCUGCCUGUCUGCUGGAUACUCCCUCCACUGAUCGCAUCUAUGGAGGGCCAGUGUGUGGAAAUGCCUUCCUAGAACCUGGAGAGGAGUGUGACUGUGGCACCGUGGAGGAAUGCAAGAAUCCCUGCUGCAAUGCCACCACCUGCAAACUGAAUGCAGGAGCACAGUGUGCAGAGGGACAGUGCUGCCACAACUGCCAACUGAAGCCGACAGGCAGCGUCUGCCGACCAAAGGCAGGAGACUGCGACCUGCCAGAAUAUUGCACUGGCUUCUCUGCAGCCUGUCCGACUGACGCCUACACCCAGAAUGGCUUAUCCUGCAACCGUGGAAAAGGAUACUGCUACAAUGGACAAUGUCCAUCACGACAGGAACACUGCAAGAGACUUUGGGGACCAGAUGCUGAGGUAGCUGCAGAUGCUUGUUUCUACCUGCAUGGAAACUGCAGAAAGACGCUGUUUAGCCAGAGAUGCUCCAGCCGGGAUCAAGCCUGUGGGACUCUUUUCUGCUCCGGAGGAUGGGAGUUUCCAGUGACAUCCAGGAAAUCCUUUUACAAAGUAGGAAACGGAGACAUAUGCAACGAGGCAACAAUGAACCCAGAAGAUAACUACCCUGCAGAUCUAGGCAUGGUACCUACUGGCACCAAGUGUGGCAACAACAUGGUAUGUUACAAUCAACGGUGUCAAGACAUCAGAAGUAUAAAAGUGUUUGGAACAAAUGACUGCUCUGCCAAAUGCAACAACCGUGGGGUUUGCAACCAUGAACGGAAAUGUCACUGCGAUCCUGGCUGGGCUCCACCUUACUGUGAUGUGCCACAGUCGGAGCUGCCUGAAGAGUCUGGCCUGGUCGUGUUUAUUGUGUCGCUGGUGGUUGGUUUACUUCUCCUGUUGGUUCUGCUUAUCGGGACUUUGAUGUGCUGCAUCAGAAAAAGGCGACCUGCAAAGAGAUGCCUUACAUCUACCUCAGGACAAUCCAACCCAGUGUUUCGCUCAAGUAGUACACGAGGCAGCCCUCGUCUAGGGUCUGCAUACAUCAGCCAGCCCAGGUUUCUGGAGUCGUCAGCCACACAAGUCUGCAGACCACUGUUCUCUGCUGCUACCAGACCACAGACUGGAGCCCUGAAGCCCAGCAGAGCAGCUCCAGAGCCACCCAGGAAAGUACCAGCUGUACCUCAGCCAUCAAAGACUCAGCAGAUUGUAAGGUCCUUCAUGCAGCCGCCUGCUGUUUCAAGGAAGCCAAUCUAUACUGAGACUAAGCCACUACCUCCAUCUAGACCUCUUCCACCACUUGCAACAAAACCAAUGAUGAAGCCAAAGCCUCCGCUGCCUCCAGUGAAGCCGAAGUCCUCUGCAAUCCUGUCUUCACUGCCGCACACUCAGCUGCUUGCAGGGAGAGCUGUCCUGAUGCCCCCCAGCAGGCCCAGAUGACAGAGGGAAGGAUUUUUCCUGGUGUAAACAGAGAGAUCCUCUGACAGAGGAUACUGUUUUUGUCUCACCUCGAAGGACCAAGAAGACCUUCUCAGGAGACGCUUGUCUGUUUUUAAAGUGGAAACGAGAUCCACUGAAGGAUCAGCAACAUUAAGUGGCAGAGCUUUUCUGUCAAUUACAGUCUGCUGGAGGAUUGCGACUGCCUUUGUUUCGCUUGUCUCAGCCUUCAGUGCGUUGAUAAAAACCUGAAGCCAUGACUGAAAGACUUCACUUCUGUGCUUUACGAAUGACAAGUGGCGAUGCUGCCAUGAUGCUUUUUUAAUUAAGGGAAAUGUGUCUCUGCCUUGAUCCUGAGAUAUGUGAACAUUUAAUGAGACAUCUGCACUAUCAAUGCUGUUCUACUAACAUGGUUUUGGUACUGCCUUUCUAAGAAAUAAUGUUGUUAAGGGAUUUUAAAAUGUGGCACCAACAUGGGCACUUUACAGAUGUUUUUUAAUGAAGUACAUUACAAAACUUUUUUUCUUGAACGUUUUUGUACUAACCUAUGUAUGCUUGACUUUGUGGGACUUUUGUUUAGUGUGCUGACUUGAUACAUGUUAAUUGUAGUUCUUUAAGGGAAUUUAUAUUGAUUAUUCUAUGCAGCAGACACAAUCACACGGUCCAUCACUCUCAAUGCCAAUGAUUCCUCCUGUGAGGAUCUGCCUUGAUUUGCCCUGCAAACUCAGAAUGUUUUUAUUUAUUGAGUUUCUUUUUGUGUGUACAAUGGAGCUUAUAAUAAAAGUGAGUCACUGCAA